GGGCCGGGGCGCGGGGCGCGGGGCUUGGCCUGGGGCCGGUGGCGCAGCCGCGUGACGGGGAAGCUGGGCCUCCGGGGGCCGCGGGGCCGCCGAGCGGAGGGCCGGGUCGAGCUGGGCUGGGCUGGGCCGGGCCGGGCCGGGCUGGGCCCCGCCGCGGCCCGCCGCCAUGGACCCGUUCCUGGUGCUGCUGCACUCGGUGUCGACCGGCCUGUCCAGCGACGAGCUGACGGAGCUCAAGUUCCUGUGCCAGGGCCGCGUGGGCAAGAGGAAGCUGGAGCGCGUGCACAGCGGCCUCGACCUCUUCAACGUGCUGCUCGAGCAGAACGAGCUGGACGCCGAGCGCACCGGGCUGCUUCGCGAGCUGCUGGCCUCGCUGCGGCGCCAGGACCUGCUGCGGCUCCUGGACGACUUCGAGGCGGGCGCGGCGGGCGGGGCCCCUCCGGAGGAGCGAGACCUGCAUGCAGCAUUUGACAUCAUAUGUGAUAACGUGGGGAAGGACUGGAGGAGACUGGCUCGUUACCUUAAAGUGACCGAUGCUAAGAUUGAUGCCAUCGAGGAGAAGUACCCCCGCAACCUGACUGAGCAGGUGAGGGAGUCGCUGAGAGUCUGGAAGAGCUCCAGGAGGGAGGACGCAGCAGUGUCCCACCUGGUGAGGGCGCUCAGGGCCUGCCAGCUGAACCUGGUGGCCGACCUCAUCGAGGAGGAACAGCAGGCCCGAGGCCUAGAGAAUGAGAGCAAGAGCAGUAGAGGUGGCAGUGGUGGCACUACUAUGUCCUUGAGGUCGUGGGACUCAGACAGGCCUGCCUUGGGGACCCCUUGGUGACCCAGGGGCCCCUCCAAGGGCCCAAAGGCAUCCACACAGCUUGAACUUUGGUUCCCCCACCAAGGUUAACUAAGUCCUUCCACCCAGUGCCUUGAAGACCUGGCAGUGAGCUGUGACAAGGCACCUCGGCACUCGAGCCACAAGCCACAGCUGGCUUCUCAAUCAGUGGGCAUCCAUCGAGUGCAUACUUUGUGCCAGGUGGGGCUUGGGGCACCGUGCAGAUGCCUUCAUUUAUUCCUCGUGAUCGCUCUUGAAACAGAGAGCCUCUUGUCCCAUUAAAUCAGUGCCUGCAGGAGGACGUUUUGGAUCUAUGUCCAGCACAGAAGGAGCGUAAAAAUCAGCGGUUAUCUGUGUCAUUUAUCUGGGAGUGGAGCCAAAGCUGUCAGGCUCCGGAGUCCACACUGUGACCACCGGGCUAUUCUGCUGCUGCCACAGUUGGUCAGAGGCUUGGAGGCCAUCAAUAUAGCCCCAUACACCAGAGCCAGUGGCAUAGGGAGACCUGUUGGGGUCAUGGCCCUUGAGGGUGUUAGGAGACAGGAAGAUUUGUGAGGAUGGCCUGCUGUAGGACCAUUAAGUGCCUGAGGUGAUUGAAACACAGUCAGUGCCCUAUAUAAAUGUGAGUCCUUAGAAAUAUUGUGCCUUCUGUGAUGCUAUAGUGUGUUAACUAUUUUGUAUCAAAAUCAGUGUUCUGAUAACAGAUUUAUAAAGGGAGUUGGCUCCUGUCAUUUUAAAAAAUGCCCCUAAAAAAAAGAAAUUAAAAAUGCCCCUACUUGGUCUUCUUGCUUCUAAGAUAAUUCUAUUGAGGCAUAAACAGGUCUGCUAGAGGCCCACCUUUCACCAGCUUCAGACCCACCUGUCUCUGAGAUGCAUCAGAGAGCCACGUGGCCAUCCCUGGUUCAGGCCUUUUGGCUAUUAACUUGGGAAAGCCUCAUGUGAUGUCAUCCCACACCAUCUUGGCCUUAGGUUGUUGAGAUCCUGAGCACACUGUCCUGCUAAGCCAUGGACCAGCCUUUGAGCCCCUGCACACCUUCAGCAAGGAUGUAAUGAUGCCAGGCACUGAGGGUCUGGGGCCACAGCAGGAAAUGAGAGAGAAGUGGCCUUGCUCUGUAGACCCCAAUUGCCUGUGUUCCUGGCUGGCUCACAAGCAGGGUGCUACCAAGGAGCUGAGCCAGUCUCCAGUGCAUUCCAGUGUGCCUGGCCCUGUGUCAUGCACUGUAUGUUUCCACCACCUGCCCGCGCACCUGCCUCUUCAGGCCUUUGGUCAGAGCUAGUUCUGUGGAUAAUAGACAUGUCAGCACUGUCAAUAAAUGUCAGCGGCUUGGCUAAUGGGUAGCUUUUGGAAGUAGGUUUGUUGAAAAAUGUGUCCCUGUUUCUUGAACAGAAGCUGAUUUCAUAGGUUUUAACAUUCAUGAUUUAUGAGAUAAGCUGCUGAAAGGGUAAAUGCCAAACAUCCUGACCUCUGCCCUAUAUCCCCCUGCAUGCCUCUCACACCCGAGAGGCGCCCCAACCUUCCAUCAUACCAUGUGUUUGAUAGAAACUUCAAAGACCUGUGAUUUCUGCACUUGAAAUUUUCCCCAGCCACAAGCAGACAGGCCUUGGUCCCCAGCUCUGUCAUGGCUCUGUCACUGCCUUGCUCCUGUAGCCCGUCUCUCAGUCCCACAUGCUGCGGAGGCGCUGGAUUUUUCCCACCACUCAUACCCCAAGACCUCCAUGGAGAGCAGCUCCUGUCCGUGUGGUGAGAAGAAGGAACAUGGUCUGGAGCAGCCUGACCUCUUGAAGAUGAGAUCUGAGUUCUGAGGCUCGGAAAAAAUGGUGGGUGAGGAGUCUCCGUCCUGCACUGGGCCAUGCAGGGCAGAGCUGUACAGCCUGGUGACAUGGGGUGGACUUGCCCAGGAAGCUGCCCCCAGAAGACAGUGGCUCAGAGCCCCCAUUUGUUCAACCGGUUUACACGCGAACAGUCAGGAGGCUUCUGCCAUAAGGAGCACCGUGGCCGGCAUUGAUGUGAGACGACAGGACAAGCAGCCUGCCCUCGGGAAGCACACAGGUUCCCCUACCUUGUGAGGUAAAAGGACAGAUGCUUAUUUAAGCACUGGAAAUGGAAAGAUAAGCAAGCACCAAGCGUUUGAAAUUGAUGAUUUUUUGAAUGAUAAUAUUUAUACUUUCUGUAAUGUGUUUUAAUUGUCUACCACAUAUAAGAAUGAAUAUAAGCUGGACUAUUUGGUGGGAGUGUCCCCAGAGACCACUAGAGUCAGACCCUCUGCCCCUGGUGGCUUCCCCUGGAAAGGGGCAAUUAGAUAAAUACCAAGUGCUUGCCCAAAUCUGUAGCCACUUGUUCAUCAGGUAUCUUGGAAAUAAGCAGUAACAUUUCACCCAGAGCCCCAGAGGUUCUAUUCCUUAUGAUUUCACUUCACUUGAACCCAGCUCAUGGCCGCAGGUCCUGAGGUGUCACUUGUCACCUUCACGUCUGAGCCUGUCCCCACCAUGGAUUUUAACCACCACUUUGAAGUGGAAGGUGUUCUGGGACAGGUCUACCGACGUCUGGCCAGAACUAUCACCUUUGUGACAGGACCAAUUACACACUCACAGGUCCAGGGAUUAGGCCACAGGCAUCAGGGGCUCAGGCAUUCCGCCCAUUGCACACAGACUGCAGCUCCCCGUGCCUGUGUCUCUAGGCCUGGCACCACAAUCUACCCUGUUGCCCAAGGUACAGAUGGGGUCCCCUACCCCCCCCACCCACACACACCGAGCCCCAUCCCUUCUCUCCAGAGCCCUGCCUCUCCUCUUCCCCACCCUCCGUCAGCCCCCAGACACAGCAGUACCAUACUCCACAACCUUGACCUAGCAACGGCAAGCUCUCCAUGCAUCUUAUCUUUUACUUUUGUAUUUGUACUUCCGUGAUAAGGCCCCUGACUCAUCUUGCGGACUGCUUUCUAACCACGUGAUUCUGUGCGUUAUGUUUGGAGCCAGCCAACAAGCAUGACUUGGAGCAGCAUGAGCUCACGUGACGAUGGCUAGUCACUGGACAUAUUUCAACAGAAAGGCAGAAUUUCCCUUCCAUGGGGAAAACUUGCAGCUGAGAUCCUCUUUCAUCAAAGAAGCCCUGUUUCUUAAGUCACCGACCGAGUGACAGUAUGGCAAGAGUCACACAUGUAUGCCAACUACGUUCAUGUCAACAAGGAACAGAAUCCCAUUCACUGAGCCAGACACGUGACCUGUGGAUGAAGCUUUUGUGGUAUGGCUUGAAUAGAAAAACAUCGUGGGCCUUUGGGUCACCCCAGGCAUCAGGCAGACAUGAGGCCUCCCGAUCUCCCAAACCUGCCUGUCAACAGUCUAGACACCAGGUGACAAUAUUUUGUUUCUGCAAAAUGUGUUUCAUGGCGCAGAGCCGUUUAGGAUGGCAAAGUUCUGGACUGGGGUGGUGGGAAUGUUUGUAUAACACUGUGAAUGUGCUCGGUGGCACUUUAAAAAUGGUUCAAAGGGGCCCCUGGUGGCUCAGUGGUUGAGCAUCUCCCUUCUGCUCAGGUUGUGAUCCCGGGGUCCUGGAAUUGAGUCCCACAUCAGGCUCCCCGCAGGGAGCCUGCUUCUCUUGCCUCUCUCUCCGUCUCUCAUGAAUAAAUGAAAUCUGUAAAACAACAAAAAUUAAAAUUAAAUAAAAAUGGUUCAAAGGA